AUGGGACCGCCGCGCUGCAUCUGCGAGAUCUGCUCCUGUGGACGCCAUCGCUGCUGCCUUAGACCCACAAAGAUUUAUGAUGAUGGAGUGCAGCCAAGCCACAGAACUGAGUAUGUGGAGAAGUACCCUGGCUAUGGCAACAUCUGCCCUCCUGAGAGCUGUAAGCCAAAACCAGAGCUCCAAGAGCAUCGGGGGAGAAUGGACGGCACCACAACAUUCAAAUCUGAUUAUUUAACAUAUGAAAUUGUUACGAGACCUUUUCAGCCACAAGCAGAGUAUAGACCAAAGUCAGGGAAGAUUGACCUGGGAACUAUAUACCAGAGAGAUUACAAUCCUCAUAAAGUAGGACCAGUGACAUUAGCAAGGCCUCGAGAGAGGAAACACACUUCAGAUGCAAAAGUGGAUACCAUCCCAACUUACCGAGAUGACUAUAGGUUACGGAAAGGUGAAAGAACGGAAUCGUGUAAGGUGGAGCGUGCAUACGAGCCACCUUCAGAGAGGUUUGGAAAUCCUUCCACGUUUCAAGAUGACUACAUCCCUAGGCAACCCAAUCCCCCCCCAAGCUUUAAACCUUGUGAAACCAAGCUGUCAGAGGGGCCCUUCGACGGCAGCACCAUCCAUCGCACCGCGUACGUUGUCCACGAGAUGGAGCCCAUGUUCGUAAGGCCAAGAGAAGAAUACAAGCCAAGCGACCAGCCCUUUGACGAUCUCACAACCCACCAGAGAGAUUUUAAAGGGAUACCUGGGGAACAAGCAAAAAGCUGCAAGCCUGAAAAUAGAAAACUUGGAUCUGAUGAUCCUUUUAAAGGAACCACUGAAUUCCAGGAUCGCUAUCAGCCAUAUUUGGUCACUGCGCCCGAGUUCCAGAAACCAAGAGAGUAUGUUCCACCCACAGACAAGAUGGACCUCAAGUCCUCAAACCGUCUUGAUUACAUUAAACAUAAGGUUGUUCCUAGAUCUCCCAUAAGACCAGCUCCUGGAAGAAAAAACACUGGCCCUUUUCAAGGGAAGACUACUACAAAAGAAGACUAUCAGCCCUGGAGCGUUUGUCCACCAGGGCUUAUUAAGAAAGAACCAGAAAUUCAGAAAUUCACAGGAAAAUUUUCUAAUUUAACUACAUUCAGGUCCCAUUACAUACCACAUCAGGCCAAUCCACCUCAAAGUUUCAAACCUGUGCACACUGUAUCUACGGCAGUUCCUUUUAAAGAUGAAACUUUGUAUCGCACUGAGUAUACUCCAAAGAGGCAAGAGAUCUGCCCAGGACAGAAACCAGAUGCUGUGGGUUAUGUCUAUGUAAACACAGAUUCUCAGGGUCACAAAUUCUAUUGCCAGAUGUCUCCAGAACGUUCUGGUUCAAGCUGUAAUGCUUGUUCAGAGGAAGUACUUGCUGUGUCAUAAUACGUGCAAUAUUUCAAGCACCUU